UUUGCAUUCAAAUGCUUACAAGAAAAGAACAUGACCUAACCAUGUACGAGAGAGAAUCCAAAUAACCCACGAGAAGGAAAACAUUAUAUCAGCAGUCUUGCAAGUUGUAAUUUUGUAAGGGCCCAUUAAACCGUAGGGCCCAUUAAACCGUUUACUUUUAAAAGAAACAGCCCAUAACGUCCAACUAUGUUUUAACCUAACGAGUUGUUGUCGUUGUCGGAACACAGACAAGAGGAAAGAAAAAAAAACUCAAUCCUAAAGCGAGAUUUGGCGUCAAUGUCGUCCAGGGAGAAAAGGAGGAAGAGGAAGAGGGAGCCGUCGCCGACGCCACCUGUUUCCAGAAGAAGUUGGUACGCUUUGGCUAGAGCCGUCCCUGUUACCAGUUCUCCGGAAUCUCCUCCUGCGCGCUUUACUAGUCUGGAGGCAGUUGGCUCUAAUAUCUACAGCAUCGCCACGCCCCGAUCCCUUAACGCCUUCCCUAGAUUCUCGAUACUUGAUUGCAUGUCUCAUACGUGGGUCCAGGAGGCUCCAGCUUUGCGGGUUGAACUCCAUUCGUUUUCCGCCAGCGUCGUUGAUCACAAGAUAUACGUAGCAGGUCACGAUUACCGUUUGAAUGAUAACUCUUUCCAGGUGUUCAAAUGGUAUGAUACCGAGAGAAGAAGUUGGAGAGAUUUACAGGGUUUGGCAGGACUACCUAAGAUCACAGCAACUAGUCGUCGUUAUAGAGGAGGAAGGUUUAUUAGAUUGGGUGAUUACGGUGGAAACAUGGUUGUUUUUUGGGGUCAUGUUAGUGCUUGCCCUAGCUAUUAUUAUGAGGAGAUUUAUCAGAUGGAGGUUUGGUGUGCAGAGAUUUCGCUUGAAAGGCGGAGGAGGGGCAACACUAGUGAGAUUUGGGGGAAAGUUGAGUGGUUCGAUCAACUGCUUAAAACCCGCACAUGUCAUCGGGUUGACAAGGUUCUUUCUACUACUCUCUGAUCAAGAUACACGCGCCUCUUCUUUUCGCGCGCGUGCGUUAUUGGACUCUGUGGUCAAAUGUACUUUUGUUAAGCUUAUUUAUUCGAAUCUACUUUCUCAAAGCUUAUUUUGUGUCCAAAACUUAAAAUAUUAAUAAACAGCUUCUUUGAAGAAGCACAGGCUUUGAUUCAA